CUUUGGGCGAGCGUCAAAGUGGACUCGAACGCAAGCAGCGGCGGCAGCGGCGGCGGCGGCGGCGGCGGCGGCACGUCGCGUCCUCGGUCCGCGGGGCGCUUUUGGUUCGACGAGAUGCGUCCGCGGAAGAUUUGACCGCCGAGGGGGAGGAGACCCAAAGUAAACAAUCACUUGGGACACGUCCGCCACCGGCGAGGGGUUUGAGCCUCGAUUUGGGCCGGUCCAUGCCAUCCGGGCCGGUUCCGAGAGCGGGCCAAUUGCGAGCAUCCGGGCCGGCGGCGCGCACGUGCAUGCGGACGACGGACGAAAUGUGACAUUUUGGUCGCCGCUGCGCACCGCAUCUUCCUUCACGCGCCCGGCAGCAGCCAGCGGAUCUUUUUUGGCAUCCAUUAGAAAAGAGAUGGCGUCCCCCCCGGUUCUGCUGCUGCUGCUGCUGCUGGUCGGCCACGCCGCCAGCGGCCAAGACCCCGGCGACUCGGACGCGCUCCCGCGAGGCUGCGGCUGGGGCCUGGGGCGGCCCUACACCCUCCUCUGCGACCUGGACGCCGUUUGGGGCGUGGCCGUGGAGAGCGCGGCGGCGGGCGGCGCGCUGGCGGCCGUCCUGCUGGGCUCGGUCCUGCUGUGCCGCCUGCGCCGCGUCGGCGAGCCGGACAAGCGCAGCGGGGCGGGGCCCGUCCUGCUGCUGCUCCUGGGCGUGGUGGGCUUGUUCGGCCUGAGCUUCUCCUACCUGAUCGAGCGGGACGAGUCGCUGUGCCUGCUGCGGCGAGCCCUGUGGGGGGUCCUGUUCGCCCUCUGCUUCUCCUGUUUGCUGGUGCAGGGCGUCCGCCUGCGCCGGGUGGGCCGGGAGCACCGCAGCCCGGGCGGGUGCGCCCUGACCGGCCUGGCGUUGGGUCUGAGCGCCGUGCAGGGCAUCAUCGCCGCCGAGUGGCUCCUGCUGACCGUGCUGAGGGAGGGCCGGGCCGCCUGUCAGUACCUCCCCGUGGACUUCUCGCUAGCCUGCAGCUACGUGCUGGCCCUGCUGCUCGCCGCCUUGACUGCCGCCGCGCUGGCCCUGUGCGGGAAGACUCGGCGGUGGCGCUGCAACGCCGUCUGGCUGCUGGUCACCUGCGUCCUGUCGCUGCUGUUGUGGGCGGCCUGGGUGGGCUUCUACCUCUACGGCAACGCCCGGCUGGGGAAGUCGCCGGAAUGGAACGAGCCCACGCUGGCCGUGGCCCUGGUGGCCCAGGGUUGGCUGCUGCUCGUCUUCCACGCCAUCCCCGAGGCGCACGCGUGCAUGAAGCCGCCGCCGCAGCCCAGCGCCCCGGACUACUUUGACACGUCGCAGAACUCCACGCGGAUGAGGGAGACCAGCUUCGACGAGGACAUCCCGCUCUCCCACAGGCAGUUUGUGGAGAACCAAGGCUACGGCUACAACGACGAGAACACUGCAGGCCUGAGAAGCGGCGGCGGCGCCGGCGCCGGACAACACACCAGCAACACGGGCGCCAGGCCCAGCGCCCCCUUCCGCAGUAACGUCUACCAGCCCACCGAGAUGACCAUGAUCCUGAACGGGGGAGCGGUGCCCUCGGCCCCUCCCACCUACACGGGGCGGCAGCUGUGGUGAGCGGCGCCGGAUCUGCCGGACGCGCAAGGGGAGGAGAACGUCCUUAAAAUUAAAAAAAAAAAAAAAAAAAAAGGAAAAA